UCCUUACGCAAGUUACAUUUUACUCUACGACAUGAACGUUCAUUCGCAUUAUUUACCAUCUCCAAACAGACUUUUUUCGACAACUUUUUAUUUUUAGUCUUAAGAUUAGUGCAAGUACCAUUAAUUUAUUGUGCAAAAUAUAUCUCAAGGUUUUCGUAUAAAAUAAUCACAAUAACAUAAUACAUCGGCAUUUUGUAAUCAAUAUGAUUGUCAACAAUUCCAAUAACCAGGAUUCACCAUGUUUUUGCAAAUGGGACAAAUGUGGUUUACAUCUUAACAAAUCGGAACUUGCAAAACAUGUGACGAACCACAUGGUACCUGGUCCACAAGGGUUGUUCUAUUGCAAAUGGAAGAGCUGUACCAGAGGAGACCGAGCUUUUAACGCCAAGUACAAAAUGUUAAUUCACUUACGUACGCACACGAACGACAAGCCUUAUCAAUGUUAUACUUGUGGAAAAAGCUUUACUAGGACGGAAAACCUCAAGAUCCAUGCACGCACGCACACGGGAGAAAAGCCAUAUGUUUGCUCGGUGAAUGGGUGCAACAAGGCGUACUCAAACUCUAGUGACCGUUUCAAGCACACCCGAACGCACUUCAUUGAAAAACCGUACGCCUGUCGAGUAGAGAAAUGUAUGAAGAGAUACACAGACCCAAGUUCAUUGAGGAAACAUGCCAGAAGUCACAACCAGCAAACUAGAACGAUAACGAGUCAAGAGACGAACCUACAACCGUCGGGUGAUUUGACGACUUCUACUAUACUUGUCGACCAACCGUUGGAUUUGUCUGUUCGAUGGAAAAAAUACCUAUGAAAUGUUGAUUAACAAUUUUGACAGUAGUAUUUUUAAAACUAAACGUAGAGGACAUACUUUAAUAAUUAUUUAUGAUUCACCUUUUUACAUAAUAAAAUUCACCCUUGUCCUAACCUAAAUUAACCUAACCCAGAGUAUAUAUACUAAAGUACAUACAUACUAAGAGUAUACAUAAUAUUUCUUGUAAAUAUAAUUUUAACAACUAAUAACGUAUAUCUACAAUAAAUCAGACAAAUUA